ACAUUCUAAUCACAGUCCCCAUCCAAUCGCAGAUUGACUAGCACCGUACGGAAACGCAGUUUCAUCGUCCGAAGAUGUCCGAGAGUAAAUCUUUCCAAGCGCUUCUCCAACGGCCCCUAGAGCCGUCGUUCAUGCCGAAGGACGAUGGCAAAACGUCACUGAUUAUUCCGGAUGAGUAUCUGAGUGAUCGUUAUCGUCCAUUGGCAGGAGAUUUGCAGAGUCGUUUCACGAGUGGUACUGAUGUCGAAAUCCCGGUACGGAAUGUUGGUAUUCCGGACCUUGCGUUUGCGGAGGUUAUAGAUCGUCGUGGGGCGUUCUCGUUGUUCAUCGAGAAACAUCGGGAUAUUGCUGGUCGGUUAAUCGAUGUGUUUGUCAAGGUUGUGGAUCCUAGCUCCUUGGUGGGAAUCGCAACUUAUGCCAGGGAUCGGUUAAACCCGGUUUUGUUCCAGUACGCCUUGUCAGUGGCGUUGCAGCAUCGCCCCGAUACCAAAGAUGUACCGAUACCCUCGAUUUUGGAACUGUUCCCUGAUCAGUUCGUGGAUCCAACAACGUUCCCAAAGUUGCGCGAAGAAGGAAGCGUCGUCGAUCAAACCAAAAGGACGGCCAUUGACAUUCAACCCAACUUCACUGCUUCGGAUCGAGAACCGGAACAGAGAAUGGCUUACUUCCGCGAGGAUAUCGGAGUCAACAUGCACCAUUGGCAUUGGCAUUUGGUGUAUCCUGCUGGAGCUCCUCCGGAAAUUGCUCGCAAGGAUCGUCGUGGAGAAUUGUUUUACUACAUGCACAGCCAAAUUAUCUCUCGUUAUAACGUUGACCGGUUCUGUAACCGUCUUGGACAGCUUCAGCCACUGACGAACCUUCAAGCUCCAAUUCCAGAGGCGUAUUUUCCAAAAAUGGUUCGCAGUCUGAACAAUCGUGCCUACCCGGCUCGGCACGAUAACCAAGUCAUGCGUGAUCUCAAUCGAACAGAUAGUGAUACGGUCGUUACUGUGAAUGAGUUACAGCGUUGGAGGGAUCGCGUCUACCAGGCAAUUGAUCAGGGUUUCGUUGUUGACUCAUCCGGUAAAAAUAUUCCAUUGGACGAAGUUAAAGGAAUCGAUAUAUUAGGAGACUUGGUGGAAGCAUCCACUUUAUCCGUGAACAGAAGGCUGUAUGGAAGUUUGCAUAACUUUGGCCAUGACUUUUUGGCCUACAUCCACGAUCCUGAAAAUCGUUAUUUGGAAGAUUUUGGAGUGAUGGGAGAUGUAACGACGGCAAUGCGUGAUCCAGUGUUUUAUCGGUGGCACGGAAUGAUCGAUGGAUUGUUUAGAAGAUUCCUUGAAACGCUCAAUCCUUACACUGCGGCUCAAUUGGGAUACACGGGGGUCAAAAUCAACAGCAUUAGCGCACGCGUUAACAGGGCAAAUGCGCCAAUGAAUAUUCUGUUAACAUAUUGGCAGAGAUCGCAAGUUGAUUUGGCUGCUGGGCUCGAUUUUGGACCUCAAGGAAACGUUUUUGCAACCUUCACUCAUCUCCAGAAUGCUCCAUUCACGUAUGAAAUUAAAGUGACUAACUCUACAGGGUCUCUGAAGCGCGGAACAGCUCGUAUCUUCCUCGCUCCAAAAGUUGAUGAACGUAACACUAGCUUGCAAUUCCGUGAACAACGGCGAUACUUCAUCGAGUUGGAUAAAUUUGGAGUCAAUUUGAAACCGGGAGAAAAUACUCUUACCCGCCGAUCGGAUCAAUCUAGCGUUACUAUACCAUACGACAGAUCCUUCCGCCGCGUUGGAACUAGUCAAACUCCAACCGAUGCGAGGCAACUGGCAGAAUUCCGAUUCUGUGGAUGUGGUUGGCCGCAGCACAUGUUGCUUCCCAAGGGAGCCCCUGAAGGAGUUCAAUUCGAUCUGUUUGUUAUGAUUUCGAACUUUGACAAUGACUCAGUUGGGCAGGAGUUUGAUGAAACGGUUGACUGCAAUGAUGCUCAUUCCUUCUGUGGAAUCCGCGACAAGUUGUAUCCGGACAAACGCACCAUGGGAUUCCCAUUCGAGCGUCGUACUGAGGCAAACGUGGCCACGUUAAGCGACUUCAUGCGACCGUAUUCUAACAUGGCUUCCACUAAUGUGCAAAUCAGGUUCACCAAUACGAUUAUCAGUAGAACUUGAAUUAUGAAGUUAUGAUAAGGAAACCAAACCAUGUUUGUAACCAAAGUAUGAAUUUUUGUAAUGACCAUAAACGAUAGCAAAAUAGUGGAAACUAUAAAUAAAGAAACUUUUUAAGCUGAUACA